CACAUUCAUGUUAUUUGUGUGGAAAGAGUUUUGCAUUUCUACAAUAUUUAAAAUACCAUCAGAAAAUACACACUGGCGUGAGAGAGUACAUGUGCUUUGAGUGUGAAAAGACUUUUACUUCAGCAAAGUGUUUAAAACGGCAUGAGAGGAUUCACUCUGGAGAGAAACCUUACAAGUGUUUACACUGUGACAAGAGAUUCAGUCAGUCUUCAAAUCUCAAAAGACAUCAGAGGAUUCACUCUGGAGAGAAACCGUUCACAUGUGAUCUGUGCGGAAAGAGUUUCACACUAAAAGAAGAACUUCUAGUACAUAUGAGAGUUCAUACUGGAGAGAGACCAUUCACUUGUGUUCAGUGUGGGAAGAGUUUCACACGAUCAUCACACCUUAAGGAUCACAUGAACAUCCACACUAGAGAAAAACUGUACACAUGUGAUCAGUGCAGCAAAACAUUUUUGUGGGCUUCAUACCUGAAGAAUCACCUGAGAGGUCAUACAAAGGAGAAACCACAUUCAUGUCAUUUGUGUGGAAAGAGUUUUUCAUGUUUAAAAUAUUUAAAAGACCAUCAGAAAAUACAUACUGGUGUGAGAGAGUACAUGUGCUUUGAGUGUGAAAAGACUUUUACUACAGCGAACCAUUUAAAACGGCACAUGAGGAUCCACACUGGAGAAAAACCGUAUCACUGCACUGCAUGUGGGAAGUGUUUCAAUCAAUCAUCUAAUCUACACAGCCAUACAAAAAACAUUCACAGUAAGUAGAUCAUCUUCAGAUCCAGCACUUUCAGAUCUGAUGCUGCGUCUUCACCAAAUGUGACACAAUGAAUCAAACAAUAAAAUA